AUGGCUGCAGCUCUGGCACCGGCCGAUCCAUCUUCAUCGUCCUCGAUUGCUGAUCCCGCCGUCGCCUACACGAGGCUGCACAUCACGCCUCUCGACCAAUCCCUAUUGAGCGUCGUCGUCCCCGCUUCUGUCCUACCCCGAGCGCGUAACAUAUCCUACCACACCCUCGAAACCUUCCCCGAGAAGCGCUACGGCUUCGUCGAUCUGCCCACCAUGGAUGCCGACAAGAUCAAGAAGAAGCUGAGCGGGGCUGUACUGAGGGGCUCCAAGGUGCGCAUCGAGAAAGCGAGGCCUGAGUCCAUACCAGAUCCGACAGGGGAAGUCGACGAGGAAGUCGAGCCGAAGAAGGACAAGAAGAAGGACAAGAAGAAGGACAAGACCAAGAAGAGGAAGCGCGAAGCCGACGUCAUCGAGGGAGUCGCGCUGGAAGACCGGAAAAUCAAGCGCGGGUGGACAACCACUGAGCAGGAGAUGAUUGAGGAGAAGCGCAAGAAGUCCAAGAAGGAGAAGAAGGCCAAGGAAGAGACGAGGGAGAAGAGAGAAGAUCAGAAGGACAGGAAAGCCAAGAAGGACAAGAAGAAGGACGAGAAGAGGAAGAUCAAGUCCAAGUAUACCGAUGGCGCCGAAUGUCUGUUCAAGACUAAGCUCCCGGAUGCUGGUCCACCUCAAGACGAUGCGGAGGAUGCUGUUGACCAGAAAAAGAAGAAGAGGAAGCAGCAGAGGGACCGCGAAGUGGUGGUACACGAGUUUGAAAAGACCGUGAAGCAUCCGUCAUUCUUGAAGGCUACCACCGACAAGUUCAAUGCGGAAGCCGUCACCUUUGAGGAUGGCAACGGCUGGGUUGACAGCAAAGGGACCGUGGUCGAACCUGUAAAGACAACAAAACGACCUAGCCGUGCUGUGAAGCCAGACACUGCCAAGCCAAAAGUGCCCGAAGCCAAGCCCGCAGAAGCUGAUGAUAGCGACGCAACGAGCAGUAGUGGCUCUUCUUCGUCUGAUGAAGAUGACGCUCCGGGUUCUGAUCAAGAGGCUGACGAUUCGGAGGAGGAAGUUGAGACAGAGAUUCCUGUCAAGAGGCUCAAGGUCGAAACGCAAGCCUUGAGCAGCCCUGCUUCGGCCCCUGCUUCAGCACUCAGACUUGAAUCGGCCAGGCCAAAGUCGUCAAGCUCGAUGACCAGUCUGACCAUCAAGAUACCACCCACUACACCAGCGGCAGCCAAGGUACAUCCUCUUGAAGCCCUGUACAAGCGCCCGAAGGGGAAUGGAGAUGCUCCUAAAGACGAUGCUCCUGAUGCCGAGCCUUUCAGCUUUUUCGGUAAUGCAGACGACAUCGAGGAGGAUGAGGCGAUGGCGCCCACCAGUCAGGCUCCCAUGACGCCUUACUCAAAGCAGGACUUCGAAUUUAGGAAUGUUCGAAGUGCCGCCCCAACGCCGGAUACCGCUCACCCAACAAGCCGCAGCUUCAACCUCUGGUCCAGGCAAGAUACUGUUGAUGAUGUACCCGAGGAGGAUGAGGAGGACGCAGAAGAGGAGCAUGAGGCUAAUGAGGAUGUUACCAUGGCCGAUGCGAAGCCCCAGGAGGUCACCGCCGGGGACAACGGGCAAGCUGCGGCUAGUGAUUUUCAGAAGCAGUUCUGGGAGAACCGAGGAGACCUCAACCGCAAGUGGAGGAAACGGAGGAAGACAGCAUCGAAGGAGAAGCGGUAUAGAGAGAAUCGUGCAAGGGCAGAGCGUGCCAUCUAG